CAGUGGUGGGGCUUGAAAAGACAACCUUCUACUUACUACUCAAAUACCUUAACCACUGAGCUACCAUUUAUGGAACUUGGCAAAUAAUCUUAAACAUAGGGCCCUGCAUAUGUUCAUGAGUAUAGAGCACAAAGUGAAUGUUCUCAUUGGGAAUUGAGCCCAUAACCUUUGUUACACUCCCUCCCAGUUCCCAAUGAGAAUGUUUACCUUCACUGCCAGGUGAGCUACAGGUUGUUCAUUCCUCCAUUUGUUCAUGAAAAAAGAAAGGUGUCUUAAUGGACUUCUACUUGAAAUAAAAUCAUAGCAUACAUUUUUGGUUACAGGUCACCCCAAUGGUCGACACUGUGGAGGUACAUGCAGGAUGUCCUGCCUACUGUUAUACUGAUAAAGCAUUCACCUGGGAUGACAAGAACAUCAGAUGUGUCUUUGUCCAUAAGGUGUAUUUUAUUCUGAUGCUUCAACUGUUUGUGACUGUGGCUGUUGUGACUCUUUGCACAUUUUAUGCGCCUGUGAAGUUUUAUAUUCAAACUCAUCCUGUGUUAUACUCUGCCUGCACUCUUCUGUUCCUUGGGACAUAUUUGACCUUGGCUUGCUGUGGAGAUGUGAGGAGGCAGUUCCCUUGGAAUCUCAUUCUGCUGACUAUCUUUACGCUGUGCAUGGCUGGGACUUUAGGCUUUGUGUCCAGCUACUACAACACCAAGUCUGUAUUGCUCUGCCUUGUCAUCACUGCCACGGUGUGCUUCUGUGUCACUGUCUUCAGCUUUCAAAGUAAGAUUGAUGUGUCCUCUUACCAGGGACUUCUGAUCAUCCUUUGCAUGGUUCUGCUCUUCUGUGCAGUGCUUAUGGGUUUUGUAGUCCCAUUUGGAUAUGUUCCCUGGUUACAUGGACUCUAUGGCAGUGUAGGAGCAAUCGUCUUUACUAUGUUUCUGGCAUUUGACACUCAACUCUUGAUGGGAAACAAGCAUAAUGCCAUAAGCCCUGAGGAGUACAUUUUUGCCACCCUGAGUCUGUACAUGGAUAUUGUCCAAUUGUUCUCCUUCCUUCUACAUCUUUUUGGUGACAAUGUGGAAUAAGCCAAAUACAGUUUUGUAUACUAAAUCAAUGUUCUCAUUCUGCACUCAUACUGAAGUUAAUCCUAUAAUAUGCUGGGGAACGAUUGGUAAGAGAAUAAUUCUCACCUCAUUCUUUCAGAUAAGAAAAUAUAAGAAAAGGCUGAUAGCAUUUACUCUGAAUGUUCAAAGCCUUCUUUCAAUCAUGCAACAUUAAAGCCACUGCAAUCAAUAUAAAUAUCCUACAGAUAAUUGCUGUUGUUUAAAAUUAAAUAAUUGCAAACCAUUUGUGCAUUCGUUACUAGUUCAUCCUGACGGUAUUUUAAUCUGAUUAUUAUUUCUGUACUGUCACCUUUUUAUCCCAGUUAUUCUCCAUAUUUUGUGUAAUAUAGUUCUGAAAAUGUGCUAACACUUUGAAUAUUGUGAAAUGUACUUCAAAAUGAUGAUCUGACUCACCGCAUUAAUCCAUGUGUAUUGGAACACAAUGAAACAUAUUCCAGUGGUGUCAUUGGUAAGGGGGUUGUGCCUUAAGGCCUACUCCCCUGGACCACUAA